AUGUCCAACUUUGACGACUCUCUUAAUUUGGAUGAGUCUGCGUACCAGCCAGGCUCAGCGCACUCUCCAGUGACUCUUAUAAGUAACGACUUUCUUCCCCAGGGGGUUACAGUAGGAAAUGUCGUUGCUUAUCAAACACCAAUGGUUGUAGAAACGCCUGCGCUGCAUCAUGACUCAAGCGAUUACAUACAUGAUGCAGUAGAGAGCAUAAAUCAAAUGCGGUCUGGAUUAGAAGCUCGUCUGCAUGCUUUAGAAGACAAAUUAGAAGUACUUAUAACCAAUAUUCACAGAGGUGUAUCGAGUAGCACAUCUCCGGCCAGCGAUCGCCCCCAGGGUGCGACUCCGGUACAGAGCUGUGGGCCAGAACAGGAUACCCCGGACAUUAAGUUGGGGCAAGCGCUUCCAACGCAUAAUAUGAUUAUUCUAUCUCACGAUCAACUGGAGAAGAUCAUAAACGAGAAGGUAACAAUGAGGCUUAUAGAGUUCCAGAAGUCUCUCUAUGAUCAGACGUACGCAGAAGUACGAUUACGGAACCUUGAAAGCUCAUUAGAUAGUAUCAACAAGUCUAUCACGAACCUCUCUGCCCACACGGCCCCCUUCCCACCCAACCAAGCUACAAUUAGACCCUCAAAUUUGAUUCAGCACAAUGCAUCAGAAGCUAACGAUGUUUACCCUGCAGCUUACAACCAGCGGGCGGCACGACCUGGGAUGAUUUCGUUAGAUAUGAGUACUCAAAACAGCCACAGACCUAACUCUGUGCAGAACCUUUAUGACGUGGUGGAGAGCGGUCAAACAAACCUGAGUGCACUGACCUAUUCAGCCACAUCUAGACAGCCAAACCUCUACAAAUCCUCUUCCACAGGAGACACGACAUCCUCGGUUAUGCGAAAGAGUUACGUGCCCAAUAGCAUCGUUCAAACCCCAGUUUCUCACCCUGCACUAGGAAUGUUGAGCCAGAACACAGGUACUGUGCAAGAUAUAAUAAAUGAGAUUCGACACAGAUCAGGAAUCCAGGUCUCGACCUGA